AUGGCACCUUGGGACUAUCUAAAAUUGGGAUUUAUCCCAACAAAGCGUAUUGUGAACGAUGAAUACGUUCAGAGAAUGGAAGAAAACUACACUAGCACGAAGCACGAUGUGACAGCACAUUCAGAGGAAAUUGGUCAGGAAACUACAGUUUCGGAGAAAAGUAAAGGUAGAAUGAAACAAUUGCAACAUAUGUUUAACAAAAACGACCUCUGCCAUUUCAAACUGGGCGCUGAGAGAAAACUUUUAUUGAAACUGGAUAUAUUAUUAACUUUCUAUGCAUGUCUUUCAACAUGGGUCAAAAUGCUCACCGUGAAUAUGAACAACGCAUACGUAUCUGGAAUGAAGGAAGAACUUGAUUUUGAAGGAAAUGACCUUGUAGAUAUUCAAUCGCUUUACACUGCCGGUAAUAUAGUAUUUCAAUUACCAUUCAUUUUGCUACCACGUAUUCCACUCAAUUUUUUCCUGCCUGCACUAGAGAUUUGUUGGGGACUGCUUACCAUUGGAACAGGAAAAUCAACGUCUGUUCGUCAAAUUAAAAUUCUAAGAUUCUUCACUGGUGUGUUUGAGGCUCCUUCUUAUAUUGCCUACAUGUACUUGUUUGGGUCAUUUUUCAAGUCUGGUGAAGUGGCAAGACGGUCAGGAUUUAUGAUUGUGGGACAGUAUGCGGGAUUAAUGUCCACUGGUGCAAUGCAAUCUGCAAUAUUCGGAGCUCUUAACACAUCGCAUGGACUUUCCGGAUGGAGGUGGUACUUUAUAAUUGUGGGUGCCAUAUCCAUUGUAGUUGCACUACUUGGAUUUUACUCUUUACCAGGCGAUAUUCACAACUGUUACUCGAUUUUUUUAACAGACGAUGAAAUAAAACUGAUGCGAUCAAGAGUUUCCAGCAUACAGCACGGAUUUUCUGGCGCUCUUGAUAAAAACUUUGAUAAGUCUGUGUUGAAGAAAGUGUUAAAAAAUUGGAAAUUGUAUGUUUUAGUGACCUGGAAUGUUUUUGCGUGGAAUAGUAGCAACUCGAGCCAUGGUGGUUUCCAAUUGUGGUUACAUUCCUUACAAAGAUAUAGCGUCCCAAAGCUGAAUAAUUUAACGAUGAUUACUCCGGGAAUUGGACUUUUGUAUAUUUUUUUUGGUAGCAUUAUAGCAGACAAACUACAUUGCUGCUGGGGCUUAAUACUAUUUUUUCAAGCAUUGAAUCUUACUGGGAAUAUUUUACUUGCUGUCUGGAACAUAAGAGAAGGAACAAAGUGGUUUGCAUUUACUUUACAAUAUACCGCGUUUGCAACGCUACCAUUGGUAUAUUCCUGGCAAAGCGAAAUGUGCAAGGAUAAUAUACAGGAACGUUCUAUUAUUUUAGUUUCCAUGAAUAUGGCAGCCCAGUCAUCUAUCGCUUGGAUUGCUCUCUUAGUGUGGAAGACCAAGGAGGCCCCCCGAUUUUUCAAGGGUUAUGUGUGGGCUAGUGUUUCAUCACUUACCAUGAUGGGGUUCACGGUAAUAAUAUUUGUUUUACUUAAACGUGAAAGCAGACAAAAUGAAAAAAAAAUACUUUACUCUACUGAUAGCCAUGGAUCCUCAAGAUGUUCAUAUACUAUAGGUACAUAA